UGUCUGCACACAUUUUAACCACAUCUCUCUCUCCUCUUCUCUUGCUUGCAUCUCCUUUGCUUUAUUUAUUCCCACCAUUUUUGGAGCCUACCAUUUAUCUCCUGCCUUCAGUUUAUUUCCCAGACCCAGUGGCAUUUCUGUUCCUCCUGAUGGCAGUGAAGAGAGUCAUGCAGCUUACCUGCAAAUAUGAGAUCUCGCCGUGUUGCCCAGGCUGAUUUUGAAUACCUGGGCUCAAACGAUCCACCUGCCUUGGCGUCCCAAAGUGCUGGGAUUAUAAGCAUGAGCUACCAACCCCAGCCUCUAUCAUCUUAAAAAACUACAUCAGGAAAGAACUGUGCACAGACCACACAGAAGGAGAACCUGGUACCUCACACUCAGCCUGUGUCCCUCAGAUGUCUGUGUGAACCUCCAUCUCAGAAGUCUGAGGUCUGCAACCCUCCACAGGCUCUUUCCAUGGUGGGCCCUGAACAAGUGGUGUGACAGCCAGUGGGGAGGUACAGGAGUCUUCAUGCCUUGCAGCUGGUUGAUGUCUUCCUCAGCCCGAAGCCCAUUCUGUGUGCUGGAAGAAACUGAAAAUAAACAAUACAGUAGAGCGGAGAAAAGAAGAUGGCGCGGUAGGAGCAAAUCAGGAUUGCAGCUCUCAGUGAAGAUGCAGAGGAAAGAUGGCCAUGUUUGCCAAAUCGUAGUAGAAGAUACUGAUGAGACCAUAUUGUUCAAACACAUGGAGCUGGAGAAAAAGCCUCCUCCUCCAAAACCAAAGCUAUCUGUUGACAAGGUACUGGCAGCAAAAAAGAUCCAGGCCUGGUGGCGGGGCACGCUGGUGCGACGCACGCUACUGCAUGCGGCCCUCAGAGCUUUGAUCAUCCAGCGCUGGUGGAGGCAGGUGCUGGCCAGGCUGCUCGCAAAGAGGAGGUGGGCUGCGCUGGAGCUCUGCGCACGGCAGCACUGGGCAGCAGUCAGGCUGCAGUCCUGGGUCCGCAUGUGGCAUGUCCGCCGACAUUACUGUCGUUUGCUCAAUGCUGUCCGCAUCAUCCAGGUCUAUUGGCGCUGGCGAAGUUGCCAUACCCGUGGCUUUUUCCAUGGCAGCUACGAGCUCGCCACAAGCCAGCUGAACCUUGAGCUUGACAUCUUCCUGGGAUCACAGAUUUGCCGAAUUACAGACUGCAUCCCCUUCCCAAUAAAGAACUGACCAGAUCUGCUCCAA